AUGGACGGCGGCUUCGAGGACGGCCGCGCGCGAGCGCGCCGGACCCGCCACGACGCCCUGUACAGGAUUUUGGCCGAGUGCGACACCGAUUACGACUCAGGCGAUGACAAUGGGUCCCGCCGCCGCAAGCGCCGCAGGGACGCCUCCGCCGAGCCCGAUCUCUCCAAGCCGGUCCAGUUCGUCUCCUCCGGCUCCGUCAUGCCAUCCCGGAAUCCAGGGCCUGGCCCUGUGAGCGCCACCGCCGAAGAGGAUGAGGCGAAGGCGGGGGCGGAGGAGGUGGGCAUCGAGCCGCCGCUCCCCACGAAGUUCGGGAAGAUCAGGCAGGGCGCCGGCGCAAGUCGGGAGAAAAAGGAGCGGGAGCGCGCCGCAGCCGCGCGCCGCACCCAGGCGUCGGUGAAGCCGCCGCCGGCGGCCCCGGGGAGCGUGCGGUCCAACGCCAAGGUUGUCGAGAUGACGCGCAUCAUGAGGUACGUUGACGGCAUGGGCCUCGGCAAGGACGGGCAGGGGAUUACUGAACCGGUGGCGGUCACCGAGCGGCACAAGAACGCCGGCCUUGGCUACGGCGAGGAACCCGUGACCCAGUCGGCCAAGGAGAACCUGCCGCCCCCGGCUUCAGCUUCAACCAAGGAGUGGCCGCCACGGUGGUCGAAGAAGGCGAGGGCUAGGAAAGCUCCCGUCUUGACGAAGAAUGCGUUGCCGGCAAUGCUUGCCGAGCAGGUGCUGGAGGAGGAGGCCGAGGGGCACCCCACCGUCGUCCAGAAGGUGAUCGACAGGCGAGGGCGACAGGAGCGCGUGCUGACGGACCUGAGGGGGCUCAACGACGAGCAGGGGCAGGAGAUGCAGGCUGACGACGCUCCGAUGCCGGAGCUACAGCACAACGUGCGGCUACUCGUUGACGACACGGAGGCUGACGUCGUGAGACUGGACGGCCAGCUGCGGCGGGAGCACGAGAAGGCGGCCAGCUUGGUGCGGGAGGAGAUAAAGCUGUCGAAGCAGGAGGCGGCGCAGAAACGGCAGCUGCAGGUCAUGGAGACGAUCGCAGGGGCGCUAGAGCAGGUCCGGAUGGACGAUUCAGCCGGCGUCCUCACCCUGGAAGGACUGCUUCUGGCGUUCAGGGGCCUGAAGGCGCGCUUCGCGGAGGAGUUCAAGAUGUGCGGCAUGGCAUGGGUCGCCUGCCAGUUCGCGCAUAAGCUGCUGAUCCGGUUCUUCCAGGGCUGGCGGCCGCUCGUGGAUCCGUCGGUCGGCUUGGAGCUCAUGUCAUCGUGGAAGGAUCUGCUGGAGGGAGACCAGCUGCCAUAUGACUUCUCGCACGGCGCCGCUUCAAUGGCCGUACGCGCAGCUCGUGUGCGAGGUCAUCGUGCCACCCGUGCGAAUGUCAGGAACCAAUUCGUGGGAAGCAAGGGUUCCGAAACCAAUGCUCGACUUUCUCAAGACAUGGGAGCAGGUGCUGCCCCCCGUUGCGCUUCAGUUGAUACUGGAGCAUGUGGUCAUGCCAAAGCUCUCGGCCGCCGUGGAUUCAUGGGAUCCACGCGGGGAGAAGGUGCCGAUCCAUGUCUGGGUGCACCCAUGGUUGCCGAUGCUAGAGCAAAGCAGCAUAGAGACCCUGUGCCAUGCCAUCCGAAUGUGUUCGAUUCUGCAGUCCGGGAAGACCUGGUUGCGCGUUAUAUCGUCCCGAAACUGAGGAUGGCACUGCAAGAGUUCCAGAUCAACCCGGCGGACCAGAAGCUCGAUCAGUUCAGAUGCGUGAUGCUUUGGGCUUCUACGAUCCCGGUGCGCUGCAUGGUCCGUUUUCUGGAAGUUGAUUUCUUCAGCAAGUGGCAUCAGGUCCUAUACCACUGGCUGUGUUCCCCGAAUCCUGAUUUCGUCGAGAUCGUUAAUUGGUAUAAGUGCUGGAAGGACAGUUUCCCACCUGAAUUGCUUGCUGAUGCGCGCAUACGGAUGCUGUUUACACUUGGCCUGGAGAUGAUGGACCGAGCCGCGGAAGGACUUGAGGUUGUGCAGCCUGGAACUGGGGAGAAUAUGGCAUACUUGAGAGGUAGUGGUACAGAGAAACUUCAAGUUGAUGCAGCUGAGAAAGCAUCACAGUUCCCUUGUUGCCAUGCAGUAUGA